AGUUAUAUUAAAGUAACAGGGUAUUUAAUAACCAUAGUGGAGAUUUAAGGGACAGGCUACUUCAGUGAGAAGGGCGCUCUAUAAGUUCACACCAUAUUGGAACCGAUAGGGAGCCAAUGACAGCAAUGACCCAUGGUCUCUAGUAUAAAGGUCCCACAGAUAAAUUAAAGCCCAAUUUAAGGUUGUAAGGAUUGUGUCGCUUAAUGACAGGGGCAGAUGGUGAUCAAUGAUUGGCUGAUGGUCAUGCCAUGCAUGAUGAAUGCGGAUUGGAUGAGGAUGUCAAUGGGGAGUGUCCAUUUUGAAAAAUCAAUUUUGAAGUAGUUCUCGCUCCUUCAUUCCUCAUUCCUAAACCACGACCAUUGUUAUACUUUUGCCCAUAUACUUCCAACUGUACCCGUUUCUUUUUAUAAGUUAAAGAAAAUAACAAUGUCCUCAAACACCCGUAACAAUGCUUCUUCUUCUUCCCGCACCACCAGGCCAGUGACACGUCAACAGACUGAGUCAGAGGCUCGAGAGGCAAGGCCUACUCGAAGAUAUAACCGUCUUCCCUUAGCACCAUUGUCUCCUAAUAUCAGGACCCGAUCCACUGGACCCAUCUACCAUGAAGAUGCAUCCAGCAUAAGAAUAAGGGUACCUGAUUCCUUAUCUCCAGAGCCAGAGCCAAGUGCAAGUGCUUUUAGUACAUCAUAUGGAGAAUUAGUAAGGAGAGCGUCUGCUGGGGAGUCUUGUCAGACAAGUGGAGUAUGCUCUUCAAGAGGGGUACAAAAGGGAAAGCGUCCCAGAGAGGAUGACUCCGGAUCUGUUGAGAACUCUUCGUCCGCUCCUUUUAAUAAGAGGAGUAGAUUUUUGAAAGGGCAAGAUCGUACGAUAGAGCUCAAGCAGAGUGUGGUGGAUUGCAUAUGUCCGGAUGAGUUUAUGCUUGUAUUUCAUCAUCUUCGAUGUGCAUACAAAUGGAUUGAUGGUCUGGACAAGACCAUUGUCGAGCAGGAAAAGACAAUCAAUGCUCUUUUAGUGAGAAUACAGAAUUUAGAAGCUCUGCACGCCUCUGGGUCAGGUUCUUCGCCUCAAAACAAGGGGAAGGCAAAGGCUGAGGAUGAAUGAAUGGUGCUUUCUCACGAAACUUAGUUUGUAUGAAUUGAAUAAAAUCAAAAUAAAUUGGUUGAAUAAAACUAAAAUAACUCGUUUCUGUGAUUCAAUAGUUCAGACUGAAGCUUAUUUAUCAAUGGAAAG